UUUUAAGAAGAACGAGAAAAAAUUCGGCACGCCGGACUGGGUUCGGAGGAGCGAGUUCGAACUCACGCCACUUUGAUCAUACUCGCUAAAACCCAGUUUCCCUCGCUCAGGUCGGUGGCGGCAAACCUCAAAACCCCUUCCAAUUACCAAAAUCCCCCGGUCUACCCGCCGCCGGAACCCUAGGUCACAGAAUCACCACCCCACAUUCCCCUUCCAUGGUCUUUUGACUGCCUCAUCAGAUGGGUCGGCCGGAACCCUACGUUCUCUUCGCCCAGACCUUCGCUCACCCCCACCUCGACGAGUACGUUGACGAGGUAUUAUUUGCUGAACCAGUUGUUAUUACUGCGUGUGAGUUUAUCGAACAGAAUGCUUCGUCUACCUCUCAAGCAGUUGCACUCGCUGGUGCUACUUUGCCCCCUUCAUUUGCCGUGGAAGUGUUUGUUCAAUGCGAGGGAGAGACAAGAUUUAGGCGCCUCUGUCAGCCUUUUCUAUAUUCUCAUUCAUCAUCAAAUGUUCUGGAAGUUGAGGCUAUUGUAAGUAACCAUUUAGUUGUUAGAGGCAGCUACCGCAGCCUAAGUUUGGUGAUCUAUGGAAAUACAGCCGAGGAUCUUGGACAGUUCAAUAUUGGUUUGGAUGAUAGCUCAUUAAAUAACCCUGUUACCUCUGCUGAAGGGAACCUAGAAGAUCUCCCUCUGGCUUUACAUUCAAAUGGUUUAAUGUUCGAUGAGCCCGUGACUUCUCUGAUGAAGUUGUCACUGCCUGGUGUUGUAUUGGAUAUUCCAGCUGAGGUUAAGCAAUUUUUACAGUUAAUGGCCAGCAUGUUGGAACAGUUGAGUCCAGGCGAUGCAAUUCAUAAAAUAUUAGUCAUUGUAAUUUCAGCUGCUUCCUCUUACGUCUCUUACAUUUGUGAGAGAUCCAAAGAUCUAGAAGGACUGAGUGCUAUUUUCAAUAAUGCCAAAAAUGAUCUUCUUAAGUUGUGUAAAGCUAUGCAAGAUUCAAAGGAUGUGUCAGCUGACUUGUCCAUAGAGUUUCCUUUCCUUGAAUCGGAGGAUGAUUUGGCUUCUUCAAAACAGCUGGUGGAUAUUUUGAGCAAGCAUUGGAAUUUUAACUUGAGCUCCUCUACUGUUGGUUGUCCUUGGCAAUUGAAGAACAUCACUAUCAUUUUUGGGUUAAGUGUGGCUCUUUUCUUGUGUUCUGCUAAAGAGAGUUGCUUCCAUUUUGUCAAUGGUGGUGGAAUGGAACAAAUUGUGCAACUUCUAAGUAGUGGCCUGGAAGAUUCUACUUCUGCCACGUUGCUUCUUCUUGCAGUUAUCGAACAGGCUACCCAACAUUCAUUUGGAUGUGAAGGCUUAUUAGGUUGGUGGCCUCGUGAAGAUGAAAAUGUUCCAUCUGGAGCUAGUGAAGGUUAUAGUCAGUUGUUGAAUUUGUUGUUGCAAAAACCACGUCAUGAUAUUGCAUCUCUUGCAACUCGUAUCCUUCAACGCCUAAGCUUUUAUGAAGUUGCUUUACGAUAUGAGUGUGCUAUCUUGUCUGUAUUGGAAGGUCUUUCUAGCAGCGGCAGAGUUCCAAAUGUUCAUUUGGACGUGCUUAUCAGUAUGAAGUCCCACCUUAAAAAAAUUUUGAAUUUGAUAAAUUUGUGUGGGCCAAUUCAAGAUCCUUCUCCACCUUCCUGUGCUAUGAAAUCGUUGUUUCUUGGUCAAACCGAUGGUUUAUUAACAUGUAAAGCGACAAGUUGUUUGAUAUCCUCAUCCAAGUGUAGGUUUUCACAAUGGGAUGCUGAUCCUCAUUUACUUGCACUUCUAAAGGAGAGAGGGUUUUUUCCUCUUUCAGCAGCACUGUUGUCAUCCUCCAUAAUGCGUUCAGAGGAGAGUAAAAUCAUGGAUGUGAUCUUGGAGAUUGUAUCUUCUAUUGAAGCCAUUAUCCUUUCACUUCUUUUCUGUCGCUCAGGUCUGAUAUUCCUACUCCACCAUUCUGAACUUUCAGCGACAAUUAUUCAUGCUUUAAUGGGUGAUGAAGAGGCCAGUUUGGAAGAAUGUAUGCCCAUUCGAUAUGCAUCAACCCUUAUAUCAAACAACUUUUUUUGUAAGCCGUCAAAUGUUGCUAUGAUUGUACGGAUACACUUGAGAGUGGUCAUGGCAAUUGAUCGCUUACUCUUGACAACUCCAAACUCAGAAGAAUUUUUAUGGGUCUUGUGGGAACUUUGUAGUAUUUCUAGAUCUGACUGUGGACGCCAGGCGUUGCUUGCUCUGACAUACUUUCCUGAGGCCAUUGUCAUCUUUAUUGAAUCCUUACGAUUAGUCAAAGAACCAGAGUCAGGAAGCCGGAACAGUGGUGCUUUGCCUCUGAAUCUAGCGAUAUCUCACUCGGCUGCUGAGAUCUUUGAAGUCAUUGUAACAGACUCCACUGCAUCUUCUCUUGAUUCUUGGAUUGUGCAUGCCAUGGAGCUUUACAAGGCAUUGCAUUCUUCUCCUCCAGGGUCUAAUAGAAAAGAUGCUCCCACUCGGUUGUUGGAAUGGGUAGAUGCUGGUGUUGUUUACCAUAAGAGUGGGGCUGUUGGUCUUCUACGAUAUGCUGCUGUAUUAGCAUCUGGAGGAGAUGCUAACUCUAAUUUAGCCAAUACUUUAGUGUCAGAGUUGACAGAUUUAGAUAAUGCUGGAGAACCUACUGGUUCUGAUGUUAAUGUAAUGGACAAUCUUGGUAAAACCAUUUCUGAAAAAACUUUUGACGGGAUUACUCUUCGUGACUCUUCUAUAGCACAAUUGACAACUGCAUUCCAGAUUUUGGCAUAUAUUUCGGAGAACUCGACUGUUGCUGCUGCUCUGUAUGAUGAAGGUGCAGUAGCAGUUAUCUAUGCAGUAUUAAUUGACUCUCGAUAUAUGCUGGAGAGGUGCUCAAACAAUUAUGAUUAUCUAGUUGAUGAGGGCACAGAAUGCAAUUCUACAUCAGAUUUACUUUUGGAACGUAAUCGAGAGCAAAGCCUGGUCAAUCUUUUGCUUCCUUGCUUGGUGCUGCUUCUCCAUCUCUUGCAAACUCUGCAGGUUGCUAAAGAGGAGCAUAGGAAUUCAAAAUUAAUGAAUGCUCUUGUAAGAUUGCAUCGAGAAGUAAGUCCAAAACUAGCUGCAUGUGCUUUUGAUUUAUCCACUUCGUUUCCAAAUUCUGCACUUGGUUUUGGAGCUGUCUGCCAUCUUCUGGUGUCUGUACUUGCUUGUUGGCCUGUAUAUGGCUGGUCUCCUGGUCUUUUCAGCUCGCUCCUUGAUACUGUCCAAGCUACCUCCUUACAGGCUUUGGGCCCAAAAGAAACUUGCAGCUUGCUCUGUCUCCUGAACGAUUUAUUUCCUGAUGAAGGAAUCUGGCUUUGGAAGAAUGGUAUGCCUUUGUUGAGUGCCGUUAAAAAACUUGGCAUCAGGACACUAUUGGGACCUCAAAUGGAGGAUGAGAUCAAUUGGUAUUUGGAGUCCGGCCAUCAAGAGAAACUGUUGAGUCAACUGUCGCUACAGCUUGAGAAGAUUUCCCAAGUUGUCCAACAUUAUGCCAUUUCGACAUUGGUGGUCAUCCAAGAUAUGCUUCGGAUAUUUAUAAUUCGCCUUUGUUGUCACAAAGCUGACAGUGCUUCUUUUCUUCUACGACCAAUAUUUUUGUGGAUCCGUGCUCGGGUUUCUGACUUGUCUUCUCUUUCAGACAUAGAUGCUUACAAGAUAUGUAGGUACCUUGACUUUUUUGCAAGCUUAUUAGAGCAUCCUCGUGCCAAGGCUCUAUUGUUGAAUGAGGGUGCUAUCCAGUUGCUAAUUGAAGUAUCACAUAGAUGUUUGGAUGACUUAGAUACGGAUGAAAAGCUGGUUCCUGGGUGCAGAUUUUCUGCCAAAUGUGGCUUUUCUUUUCACAACUGGUGUCUCCCUGUUUUCAAGUCGUUCUCACUACUUUGCUACUCUAUGACAUCUCUUAAGCACAUUAGAAAACACAAUCUGCAUCAUUUUGGAUCAUUAAGUGCAGAAGAUUAUUCAUUGAUUCUACACUGUAUUCUACUGUUCUGUCAGGUCCUGCCUGUUGGAAAAGAAUUAGUUGCUUGUCUUGCAGCAUUCAGAGCUUUGGGAUCUUGUAGUGAAGGGCAAACUGCUUUAGCAUCUAUUUUGAUUGAUAUUCAUAAUGUUGACGAGCGGGAAUCUCAAGGACAUAAAAAGGGUAGUGACUGUUCUUUUAAUGUAUCAAGUUGGAGGAUGAAUCCUCCUCUGCUCUGUUGCUGGAAAAAGUUAUUAAUAUCAAUUGAUUCAAAUGAUUAUAUACCGACCUAUGCAAUUCAGGCAGUUGAUGCACUAUCUUCAGGAUCAUUAAGCUUCUGCUUGGAUGGGUCAAGUUUGGUCUUGGACAGGAUUGGAGAAGUGAAAUUUCUCUAUGGCCUUCCUGAUGCUGUAGAAGGCGUAAAUGAUUCUUCUCCCAAAGAUGUUAUAGGUUAUAUACAAGAAAUGAUUGAUGUUUUUAAAUUAAAAUUGGGACUUGGUGAUUAUCCAGAAGAUUCCAACAUUCCGGCUUCUAUAAAUCAGAUUUUAGAGACUGCAGAAUCACUAUUAGUAUUGUUAGAGAAGCCUAUUGGUUCAGUUAAUGUUGAAGAUAUUACUCUACACGAGGACGCUCCCUUGAUACCAAGUAACAUAUUAGAUUCUCUGAAGCUUUCCCAGCUUGGUGAUGACAGCAUAGGAAGUGUAGAGGACAAUCUUCUUCUAGGUCUUGGGGACAAAUUUAUGUGGGAAUGUCCAGAAAUAUUACCCUACAGACUUAAUGCUGUUCCUGCAAAAAGAAAAAUGUCAACAAUGGAUGGGCAGGCUAGGCGUGCUAGAGGAGAGAACUCCCCAGCUGAAAUCUCUUCUCAGAACACAUUUGCACGUGGACCAGGGAUAUCUACCACCCCUUCACUUCCAUCACGUAGAGAUACCUUUCGGCAGCGAAAACCAAAUACCAGCAGGCCUCCUUCCAUGCAUGUUGAUGAUUAUGUUGCGAGAGAACGAAAUGUUGAUGGGGCUAUUAAUUCUAAUGUAAUUUCCAUUCAACGGGUAGGAUCUUCCAGUGGGAGACCUCCAUCGAUACAUGUGGAUGAGUUUAUGGCCAGGCAAAGGGAACGCCAGAAUCCUGUUGUAGCUGUGGUUGGGGAGGCUGCAUCACAAGUGAAGGGUGGGGUUCCUGCAAAUGACACGGAUUUGGAGAAGUUAAGCAAACCUAAGCAAUUAAAGACUGACCUUGAUGAUGAUCUUCAGGGGAUUGAUAUUGUAUUUGAUGGUGAGGACUCAGAUCCUGAUGACAAAUUACCCUUUCCUCACCUGGAUAAUACUCUACAGCAAUCUGAUCCCAUGUUGGUUGAACAAGGUUCUCCUCGUUCAAUUGUUGAAGAGACAGAAAGUAAUUGUAAUGAUACGAGCCAGUUUUCUCCCAUGGGUGGGCCGGCCGUGUCUAAUGUCGAUGAAAACACUCAAAGUGAAUUUUCUUCUAGGAUGUCUGUUUCACGUCCACAAUUUCCGUUGGCUCGUGAAUCCAGUGUGUCCUCGGGUAAGAAGUACUUUGAGCAUCCCGAUGAUGGGAAGAAUGCUAUUCCUGUUAGAAGUGCAGGUGGCGGGGUUGACACUUCCGCUACAGUUAACUCUUCAUAUAACAAUGCAACCACGCCACCUUCAAAGUUCGUAGCUGAGCCUAGGGUAAAUACACAGAAUUACUUAUUCAAAAAUAGUCCUCAGCAUCUUGGCAGUGGACCACCAUCCAUAGGAUCUCAAGGGUUCUAUGAGCAGAGGUUUUUUCCAAGUCAACCCCCACUACCUCCAGUGCCUCCACCACCAACAGUUACAUCUGCAAUAUCUCAACCAUCUGAUCUGCCUUCCAGUCAGUCUUCCCCAUUUUCCAACUUUGUAACAGACACUCAACAAAGAUAUUCAACGACGUUCCAUGGCCCCUCGGAUUAUCCAUCUGGAUACAAUAGUUCAACAUCAUUUUCCAGUGGAUCUGUCAGGCCACCCCCACCCCUUCCUCCAACACCACCACUUCUUUCGUCCAGCCCACAUAAUUUAUCAUCAAGUAAAAUUCCACUUCCAAGCACGCCAGCUUACAACAUGGAGAAUGUUGGGAUGACAGAGGUUCCUCAGAACCCUACUGCAAGUUCAACAGACACACGUUUAGGUGGAGUAUCUGCUUCUGGGGUCAUGCUAGCUUCUAAUUCUCUCCCGGCACUUCCACACUUGGUCUUUAGUAGGCCUUCUAUGCCUGUAAAUCUCUAUGGGGGCAUUUCAACUCAGCAACAGAAUGAAAGCUCGUCAAGUAUUUUGCCGAAUUUAGCUAUUCCUCCAUCUUCCAUGCCUUCAAUGCAUUCUCUGCCUCAGUUACAGCCCCUGCAACCUCCACAGCUUCCUCGACCUCCUCAGCCGCCCCCUCAGCAUCUUAGGCCACCCAUCAUAGCUUCACAACAACCAGAACAGGUGGUAUCAAUGCAAGGUUCGGUUCAAAUGCAAAUGCAUCAAUUACAAAUGCUACAACAGCCAAGAGUUUCUCCUCAAUUCUAUCAAUCACAACCAGUAGGGUUAUCACAUGCUCCACCUCAGCAACAAUUUGAACAUCCUCAACAUCAAGCUAUACAUCAGCCUGGGGAUGCUGCAACCACAUCCCAGCAACAGCAGGAUUCAGCAAUGUCAUUGCAUGAGUACUUCAAGUCUCCAGAAGCCAUUCAGUCAUUGUUGAGUGAUCGGGAAAAACUGUGUCAGCUUUUGGAACAGCACCCUAAGUUGAUGCAGAUGCUUCAGGAGAGACUGGGUCAACGAUAGUAGCCUACGAUUGUAGAAUAGAGGGGACGCCUCCUUUGUACUUUAUAGCGGCGCUGAGUCUUGAUUAGCCUGCCCAAGAAGAUAAGAGAAGAGAAGAGAAGAGGAGAAGAAAAGAAGAGUGGCCUGUAUGUACCAUUACCAAUGAGUUUUGUAGUAAAUAACAAUUAUGUAUUAUCAUUAUCCAUCAGUCUUUUAUGUAACUACGAACAAUUCUUUUGUUUAAUUCAUGAAUUUUACCCUAUUUUCGUUU